CAUGGUAAGACUGAUACGCCCAAACUCCGAAUAUAUCUGCCUCCAUCCUUUGAAAAAGGGCCGUUCCACCUUGGCAGUGUUUCGCUUUUUGAUCGCCCCUACUUGGUGGGUGGGAACGGUGCUGGUACUGCUUCAGGAAACCCAAUUUGGAGAGCGGAGGUCUCAGAAGUGUGCGUCUAGUUGUCCUCGGCCUGGGGGCCGGCACAAGAGUCCUUCCUUGACGCAGCCCGGCAGUGGCUUUUUACCCGUAUUAGCUUAUUUCCACACGUUGAAGCAGUCUGAGAUUCGCUUGGAGGGCACUGUGGAUGUUUUCGACGUGUGAUAGGGAGACGCGCGGUUUUCAAAGGCCCGGGGCCCCAAGAAGCACUUGAAGCGUGUUGCAGCGCCGAAGCAUUGGAUGCUUGACAAACUAACAGGUGUAUAUGCACCUCGUCCAUCGACAGGUCCCCACAAGCUGAGGGAAUGUCUUCCCCUGAUCAUCUUCCUCAGGAAUAGACUCAAGUAUGCGUUGACUGGAGAUGAGGUAAAGAAGAUAUGUAUGCAACGCUUCAUCAAAAUUGAUGGCAAGGUUCGAGUGGAUGUCACAUACCCUGCUGGAUUCAUGGAUGUCAUCAGCAUCGAGAAGACAGGUGAACAUUUCCGCCUGGUCUAUGACACCAAGGGCCGUUUUGCUGUUCACCGCAUCACAGUGGAAGAGGCAAAGUACAAGUUGUGCAAAGUGAGGAAGAUCACUAUGGGAAUGAAGGGAAUCCCUCACCUGGUGACUCAUGAUGCUCGUACCAUCCGCUACCCAGAUCCUCUCAUUAAGGUGAAUGAUACUGUGCAAAUUGAUUUAGGGACUGGCAAGAUAAUCAACUUUAUCAAAUUUGAGACGGGCAAUGUGUGUAUGGUGAUUGGUGGAGCCAACCUCGGUCGUGUUGGUGUGAUCACAAACAGGGAAAGACAUCCUGGUUCUUUUGAUGUGGUGCAUGUGAAGGAUGCCAAUGGCAACAGCUUUGCCACGAGGCUUUCCAACAUUUUUGUCAUUGGCAAUGGCAAUAAACCUUGGAUUUCUCUGCCCAGGGGAAAGGGCGUUCGACUUACUAUUGCUGAAGAGAGAGACAAGAGGCUGGCCACCAAACAGAGCAGUGGCUAAAUUGCAGUAGCAGUGUAUCUUUUUUCUUUGCCAAAAUAAACAGUGAAUUCUUGUUUCCUAA